CAUCAAGUUAUUAAUAAAAAAAAACUUUCCUCAUAGAACUGAAGUGCUACUAGUAAAAAUAAUAGAAAAAUAGCAAAUACAAGGCAAAUUUCGAAACCGUUAUAAAUUAGUAGCUACGAUGAUUUUAUUUCUCAAAUUUUAAAAUAAACAAGUCUACGGUUUGUUAUUUCAAAAGAUUAAAGUGAAAAGUACAUAUUUUAGUUAACUUAUGACACGGCGCAAUGGGUUGCUGAAAUAUUUGUUUUGAAAAAAAUAUUGUACACCGCCUGGAUUUUAGUCGCCUCUUAAGUCUGGCAUGCCUUACCGCUGGUAAAUUCUUGAAUCACUAACCCGGAGGGGGACGAGUCACUUGUAUCAUUGCCUCAACGAUGUAAAAAUUAUGGCUUGUCUCGUUUAAGAAUCACAAACACACAUACUUUUCUAAGAGACGAUGUUAGCGGCCGACAAAAACCAGUGAUAAAUAAAAAGACGAUAUUGGUUUUGAAAAUGAUUAAGAAGUGUGACUUUUAGUACAAUAACUCUCAAACUUAUGCCAAGAUUUUAUGAAGUUGUAACAGGUUUAACAAAAACGAACAUUUGUUAAAGAACCAUAAGCCAAACACUUAUUAUAUGUGUUAGCAGGAAUCGUAUAGCAGACAUAAAGAAUGUCAAAACCGCCAGAUUCACAUUUUAAUAGGAGUUUACCACAGUCGAGUGUUACAACUGACCCAGGAAUGGCUAAUUCUACACCAAGCUCAGAUAUACGUCUACCACAGCCUUCGAAAAACCAUAUUACAUCGAAAAUUCAGUGUCUUGAACCGCACCCAAAUCAUCCAAAUGUGCCAUACGCCUCGUAUGCAAAUCCAUAUUGCAGUCCCAGAAGUAAUCGUCGGAGACCACCAUUACGAGAAUCUCGUCGCGUAUCAAUGGAACAAUCUGGCAGUUUUUUGCAAUUAAAUCAAUACAAACUAAUGGAUCAAAUUGGCCAGGGUUCAUAUGGGUUAGUGAAACUAGCAUACUCUGAGGAGGAUUCUACCCAUUACGCCAUGAAAAUUCUUUCGAAGCGUCGCUUAAUACGACAAGCCGGGUUAACAAAAAGAGGUGCCGAUAAGCCAAUUUCACCAUUGGAUAGAGUGUAUCGAGAAAUAGCUGUCCUUAAGAAACUGGAUCAUCCCAAUGUUGUAAAGUUGUUCGAAGUGUUAGAUGACCCAAUGGAAGACUCUUUAUAUAUGGUAUUUGAGCUGGUAAAACAAGGAUGCGUUCUCACAAUUCCCACAGAUUCACCGUUGACAGAGGAAAAAGCUUGGAGUGUAUUUCGGGAUACUCUUUUGGGACUGGAAUAUUUGCAUCAUCAACAUAUUAUCCACGGGGAUUUGAAACCGGAGAAUCUCUUACUUACCGAAUGUGGACGCGUUAAAAUAGCGGAUUUGGGCGUUUGCAAUGAAUUCUUCGGGAAAGAUGCAAUGAUAAGCAGUAGUAGUACUGCAGGAACUCCGGCUUUUAGAUCUCCAGAAUCGCUACGACUCGGUCGUCACGUAUAUUGCGGAAAGGCUGCCGACAUUUGGUCAUUAGGAGUCACACUGUACGCAUUGGUUUAUGGCAAUAUACCAUUUACGGCUAAUUCCAUUCCAAUUCUAUAUGAAAAGAUUAAAGUAGAUCCGAUUGUAUUUAACGAAUAUCCAUUAAUUAGCGAAAAACUUAAGGAUUGCAUUUCUAAGAUGCUCGACAAAACCCCAGAAACCAGGAUUUCUUUACAACAGUUGAAAGAACAUGCUUGGGUAACAAAAGAUGGUUCGCAUUUGCUACCCAACGAGAGUGAGAACUGUGAAUUGGUGAAAAUCAGCGAAGAAGACAUCAACGCUGUUGUGCAAAGUAUACCAAAGUUGGAUACGCUAAUAUUAAUAAAAACAAUGCUCAAAAAACAUUCCUUUGGAAAUCCCUAUAAUAGCGAAUUUCUACGCCAACCACAUUCUCAUAGUAUAACUCGAGCAGAAAAAUUUGUACGGUCAGGGCGCUCUAAUUCUGCCCCAGGUUCAUAUUCACAGCUAGACCUGCAAACAAAUGAAGAUUUACCAUCGUCAUUCAACAUAGACCGACAAAAUUUAGGUCAUAAUGAUGAAUUUUGAUUUAUGGCUACCAUUAAUAAUUGUAUAUACUUAAAUGGAUACAUGUUUUUUUUUUGUUUUUGCAAUGCAAAUUUUAGUCUAUAGAUGAAUAAACAAUAAGGAAAAUAGCACAUUCAA